UGCUGCCGCUGCAGUCUGGCUGGCAUGGUGCCAUGUUCCCUCGCCAGGCUCCUCUCCCGGCCCAUGCGCCCAGCCAUGCACCCAGAUGCCACCGCAGGAACCUUUCACUGCUGGGCAAAGCUGUUGGCUCUUCAGGGCAACUGAGGGAUCUUCCUCCCCACCCUGUAUCUCACGCAUUCUCUCCCUGCACAGACAACCUCUGGAGCGACCAGAGCCUGGAAACAGACCCUGACCUCCCCCCGAGCUGGAGGAAAAUCUGUGACUCUUUGGGUACCUAUUACUGGCAUGUGCCAACAGGCACGACACAGUGGCAGCACCCUGCACGCACCACUGGCCCAGGAGGGCACACGGAGGCUGAUGGAGAGGAAACACUCCAGGGAAGGGAAUGCCAGGGCUCUGCAGCGAAGCACUCGGCAAAGGACCGGCCCAUUCCCAGCCCCAUGGCUUCGCUGUCCCGGAGGCACUCGCUGUCCUGGCAUGGAGAUGACUUCCAGCACAGCGCAGAGCCCGGCUCCAAGUGCUUUGCUGUGCGCUCUCUGGGCUGGGUGGAGAUCCCCGAGGAGGACCUGGCACCUGGCAAGAGCAGCAUCGCCGUCAACAACUGCAUCCAGCAGCUCUCCAACAGCAAGGGCCAGGGCUCUGCAGAGAACCAGGGUGAGGGCCAGGACCUAGUGAUGAUUCUGAAGAAGGACACCAUGAGCCUGGUGGACCCCCUCGACCGCAGCCUCAUCCACCGCCAGCCCAUCCUCAACAUCCGUGUCUGGGGUGUUGGCUGCAACAAUGGCAGGUGCCAU